ACAAAAACUCUUUGAACCAAGCUCAAGUGGAGUUCAUUUUGGUGCACUGGAAGCUUUUUAAAUUUUGAGUUCGUACACAGUGGAUGUACAGAAAGAUCAAAGUUUUUAAUUGCGAAAAAAAUGCUCCGUUUCUGGGUGAUUUUCUGCAUCAGCGUAAUUCAGUCUAUAAACGGCUUUUGGGAUGACAGGGAUUAUCACGACGAUUUCCAUGACGAUUCGGAUGAGCUGCCUGAUGGUUGGGUGGCUCGCAUUGACCCGGAUAUCAUGAAAGCCCACUUGGCCAAUCUGAACCGUCGUGGAUCGUUGGAAAACGAUAUCAUGUUUGCUGAUUCUGGCCUCGGCAUCGCAUCGGAAUACGUUGGAGGAAGGAGAAAUCUUACGCUAUGGCCAUCCGGAAAAGUCCCUUAUCACAUAAGUGACGCAUUCGGAUCCCAAGAUGUUUUCCUUAUUAAGGAAGCAAUGUUAACAAUCGAAAGCAAAACUUUUCGUUGCGUGAAAUUUGUGGAGAGAAAAAGCGACCGGAAUUAUAUAAGUUUCAAGCCCGGAAAAAAUUGCUCGUCCUAUGUUGGUCUUCAAGAUCUUCAAGAUGGUCAGCCGGUGUUUUUGGAUCCAGACAGGUGCAUGCAGCUAGGAGUAGUUCAGCACGAAAUUCUGCAUGCUCUCGGCUUGUUUCACGAGCACAGCCGGAGUGACAGGGAUUCUAGUGUAAUCAUCUACAAAGACGAGAUAAUGGACGGUUACAAAGCGCAGUAUGACAUCAUUCCCAACAUGCCUACUUUUGGAACGGAUUACGAUCUGGAAUCCUUGAUGCACUAUGGUAUGUACGACUUCGCUAAGACCAUGGACUGGCCUGUUAUCAUUCCCAGAAAAGAUGGAGUUUAUCGUAUGGGUCAACGCGAGGGUUUAAGCGUACGCGAUGUCGCAAAGUUGCGUAAUGCUUAUUACUGCCAAGUUGAUCAGGGGUUCGAAGAUCAGGAUCCUGAAAAGCGGUCGUUUUCGGGAUUUUCCGGGUUACCGAUGCAAACCGAUCAAUGUGCUUUACAGUUUAAUUCUUACUGUGAAAAUAAAAAGCCAAAAAAGUGCACAAAAGAUAGAAUGUUGGUGAUGAAUUGUAAGAUUUCCGCAGACGCAUCUUUUUUGCGUACAAUGGCCACGGCCAUGGCAAAGGCGCCGGUGCGGCCGAUCGUAAUAUCCCUAACGGAUAUUCAAAUAACCUCAGAAGCAUUGUAUCCGAUCGAGAACCAGGUGGUGGAAAUGUUGAUGAGUUAUUGCCGCACCCGUGACGCAACGGCAAAACUUUCAAGUUUCUCUUUCGCAAAUCUCCAAGUUUUGACAUUCGGGCGUUGCAUAGACCUUCGAAUCAAGAAGUCCGACUUUAAAUUUUUGCCCAUGUUAAGAGUGGUAACUUUCCUGGAUACAACUAUUCUGUAUUUGGAAGAAGGAACCUUCACGAACUUACCGAAACUACUAGUAAUCGCAUGGCACAGUGAACUUCAGCCUAACUUUGGUACGAUAAAGCGCCAGCUUGCCUCCGGUGGGGACGACCACGGCCACAUUGCCGAGAGAAUGGUGGCAUAUUUGAAACGAAUGCACUGCGACUGUGAAUUUGCUUGGCUGAGGAGAUGGCUUCAUGAGAGCGGCAUGCUUGAGCAUGCUCCUAAGGGAUCUGAAGUCUAUAAUUUCAAUGACGAUGAGUUGUUCGUCAUCCCGGAAAUAACGAGGAACGACAUUUAUAUACCGAUUGACUGCGCAAAGCAGCCCUUUCCUAUUGAUUUUACCAUGAUUGAUUUUGCCCAAACAGAAUUUUCUGUCAAUGAACCACAUUGUCCAGCACCCAUAGUCAACGCGACAUACGAUUCUUUUAAAUUUAAACGAACUUUUUCUCGCUCUCGGAUCAGCAUCGCACAAUGCCGGUUACAGUUUGGAAAGUCUUGCAAGCCGUGGCACAGGAGUUCAGUGCGCUCAGCUACGGAAUCGACAGUAUUGGAUUAUUGCCAAAACCAGCUCAACAGCUCCCAAUUGGCACUGGUUAUUGGAUGUCCGGGUAAUACUACAGUGAGGGAAGCGCAAGAAAUAUCAUUUGGGCUGGCCAAACCACCAUUGCGUACGAUAAACUUGAAUGUGGAUGACGGAGAUUAUUUGGUCUACCGUGCCUUUGCACCCGUUAAAACACAAACUCUAAGCCUGAGACUCUACGAUUGCGUAAUGCAGCAGACAACCGCAAAACUACGUUCUUUGGGUUUUGAGGGUCUGUUAUAUCUUGCAUUCGCUUACUGCCAAGAUAUGAUUGUGCAAACAGACGAUUUCGCCGCUGUCCCAAAUAUUCGCGUUUUACUAUUUUUCCAGUCAACAUUGGUCGACGUCACACAGUUCACCUUUGCUUCUCUUCCGAAUCUUGAAAUUCUAUCCAUGGAAUACAAAGCGGUCGCAGUGCUCGAUGUUGACCUUAGUUACUAUCAGUAUCUACGUAAACUGCAUUGUGAUUGUCAGUAUUCUUUGUUUCGUAAGUGGCUACAGCGGCGCAUCAUACACCGGUUGCAAAAUGCUCCCUUGAAUAGCGUGAAUAACUCGUAUGACAAUGGAAACAUGACCCAUUGUCUUGUUGAAGAGCGGCGUUUGCGGUCAACAUUCCUCAGAUUUGAUAUCGAGGGCGGAACCUACUCGAAUAGGUUUGAAUGGACGCAGGAGGAAUUGUAUCCGUCGUUCGACUGCGCAGACGAGCAUUCCAAAAGCGGGUUUCGGCGCUCAAUACACAUUUGUAACCGUGGACCGUUAAAAUACUCAUUUAACGUCCCAAGCUGUAAAAGCACCGUUGCGACAAGCCUCUUACCAGUAACAUUAAGCGAAGCGAAGCCAUGGGACAAAAAUGUUACAGUGGAAAACAGAACUGCCACCCCGGAGAAAGAUUGGACCGUCAAAUUGAGUAAACCAAUCCUGCAAGAGCGACGAUCCGAAUUUACGGCACAGGCAGUGGAUGCGGCUGGCAGUGUGUACCAUUACGACGACCAAGCGCUUAGCACCGACCCGGCUGGGUUUUCCGGGCUUUUGGCUACCAGCCGCUUCUGGCCGAACAACGGCAAAGAUGUUCCAUAUUUAAUCAGCGAAGCUUUUGAUAUCUCAGACAAAGAGGAAGUGAAGGACUCAUUGUCUUCCAUCUCAACCUACACUUCGCAAUGUGUAACAUUCAAGGCCAGAGAAAUGGAAGAGGAUUACAUUUUCUUUCGGCUGGGACAAAGAUGUCAGUCAAGCGUUGGCCGACAAGGCGGUCAGCAAAACAUCACUCUAUCACAAGCAUGUAUUUUCCGCGGAGCUAUACAGCAUCUGGUUCUUCAUGCACUGGGACUUUUUCACGAAAAUCAGAGAGCCGAUCGGGACGAGUAUUUGCGCAUAUACCUCAACCGUACGGAGCUUCCAUCAAAUAGUAUUCUGUUGCGCAAACUUCCGCAGAUGCCCAGUUACGGAACAGAGUACGAUCUGGAAUCGAUCAUGCAUUACGGCGCGUUCGACCUGUCAGACCCACAGCGCCCCGAUCUGCCAGUAUUUCUUCCCAAGAAAACAGUGCAGAAAGGUAAGCGCAUUAAAAUGGGUCAAAGGCGGACUUUGAGCGCAAAGGACAUUGUCAAGCUAUACACUGCAUAUAAUUGCACGAUGCAGGCUGAACCCCGUGGUGGUUAUGAACCACUUCCCAAUUUUUUAAAAAGCCGUCUUUCACCGCCUGUGUGUGACCAACUAGCUAAGGUGAAAUGUGCCAGCGCAAACAUGAAUAACUGCACAUCGCAAAGAAUGAUUUUUCUGUCAUGUGACAACAGCACGACCAUAGAGGACUGGGAGCAAGCUGCUGCUGUAUCGAAAUUGCAAUUGUAUGUCGUCGUGUUGGACAUUUCGGAUAGCGGUCACAUGGAUGCAGCGCCCGACGCCUUUCGCUCAAUUCGAAGGCAAAUCCUUUUAGCGUCGUUUUCCUACUGCCGAGACAGUCGUUUUACAAUGAUUCUUGCAACGUUCGGAUAUGUUAACGUCAUGGAUAUAGAUUUGCAGUGGUGCUACGGAUUGAUAAUAAGAAAAAAAGACUUCUGCGGAUUCCCCAGGUUGCAGAUUCUGACUUUCAGUAGCAGCACUAUUUCUUAUCUGGAAGCAGGGACGUUCACCUCGCUGUCAGAUCUGAAAUUGUUAAGCAUCGAGCAAGAUCUGUUCGAUCCGACGAGCUUGGCUUUUAAUGUUAGCCGGACGCAGCUGGUUGACUAUCUAUACACGAUCCACUGCGGCUGUGAUUUCGCAGACUUUAGAAUGUGGAGAAAAAACAACAAGGCACUACGAAUGGAACUGGAACCAGGCGAAAUAACGUUUCUCGAAGUCGUUGUUGAAAAUGGAAGAAUAUCGAGAAGGGACGUUUUCUUUCCAGUAGACUGUCACAAAAGAGAUGCCGAAUUUAAUCUUGCCCAAGUGGAAUAUUCCAUCAACGAGCCGCUGUGUGAGGCCGGCACCACAUCAUCUACAGUUUCCUCUGACGCAGACCCAUGUAAAGCAGCAUUUAUGAAAUAUUCCCAUAAAUUUGAAAAACGGCCUCCGCUAAUGUUAUCAGAGAACACAUCGCAACGCGCAACCCAUGAACGGGAGCCGCCUUAUCCAGUUAAUGGAGCCACUGGCACGGUGUCAUAUUCUGCUCCAUCUUUUCAUUGGAUUUACGGCUGUCUUGGAGGAGUUGCUGCGUUAUGCGUUGUGCUGGCUCUUUACUUGGCUCGGCGACGUAUUGGUCGCCCAUUUCGCCGUGGUGGGAAUUCGACAACUUUGGAGAGCGGUCCACUGCUGGCUGGAAACGUCGCGACUGUUGGAAGGCCAAGAGUGUACAGAUUUCUACCGCGUCUACAGAGUUGACCCACCCUUAUAUGGGCGAUGUGGACGAAGUGCCGCAUACCGAUUUGGUGACCACCGAAGGCACAGAACUAUUACCGUUGAGCAGCAAUAUGGCUGACAAAAAUAUUCAGCAUGAUCCAUCCUAGUGAAAUUGUUGAUUGUUCCGAGGAAAUAGCCCGGAAACGGUGCAUUCCGCAUUUAUCAACUUUUUUAUGAAAAACCUAACUACAUAGUUUUGCACAGCACUAUUAUACCGUCUUCCAGCGCAGAGAUACUGUUCCACUGUGAAGCCAAAACCUUUUUUCUGAGUUGAGUAUUC